CUCAACCCAUCGCCGCGCCAGCCCUGCGGACGUGCGCUCGCUGCCUUCGCGGCGCCUGGGCCCUGAGAUGUGUCUCUGCUGGGUCCGUGCCAGCUCCAGACAUCUGUGGAGUUUAAGAACAUGGAGUUCAUCAGAGUAUAUCACUGAAGAAUAUGAUGGCUGAAAACAAUUUAAAAAUGCUAAAGAUUCAACAGUGUGUAGUAGCCAACAAACUACCUAGAAACAGGCCAUAUAUUUGCAAUAUUUGCUUCAAGCACUUUGAAACACCAUCAAAAUUAGCUAGGCAUUAUCUCAUUCAUACUGGUCAAAAACCAUUUGAAUGUGAUGUAUGUCAUAAAACCUUUAGGCAACUGGUUCAUCUGGAGAGACAUCAACUAACUCAUAAUCUGCCUUUUAAAUGUAGCAUUUGUCAACGCCACUUUAAAAAUCUGAAGACAUUUGUGAAGCACCAACAACUUCACAAUGAAACCUACCAGAAUGAUGUUAAACAGGUCAGAAGAUUGUUGGAGGCCAAGCAAGAAAAGCCAGUAUAUGGGAUGUUUCAUACUUUUACCACAGAGGAAAGAUGGGCAUUACAUCCAUGCUCUAAGUCUGAUCCUAUGUACAGCCCUACAAAGAAAAGAAAGAAUAUUCACGCUUGUACAAUCUGUGGCAAGAUGUUUCCAUCACAAUCAAAACUGGAUAGGCAUGCACUUAUUCAUACUGGUCAGAGGCCUUUUAAGUGUGUCUUGUGCAGUAAAUCCUUCCGACAGUCAACUCAUUUAAAAAUUCAUCAACUCACACAUUCAGAAGAAAGACCUUUUCAAUGUUGUUUUUGUCAAAAAGGAUUUAAGAUUCAAAGCAAACUUCUGAAGCAUAAACAAAUCCAUACCAGGAAUAAGACCUUUCAGACUCUUUCAUUGAAGGUAAAGAGUCCAGAAUCAUGCCCCCUGCCUAAUAAGUUAAAUGCAAAGGAGGAUGGUUUUGAAAAUGGUGAUAUAGGUGAAUCUGAGGAGAAUAAUCAACUUGAUGUCCACUCUAUUUAUAUCGUCCCUUUUCAGUGUCCAGAGUGUGAAGAGUGUUUUGAAUCAGAGCAGAUUCUCAAUGGACAUAAGUGUUUUCCUGCCAGAGGUGGCAAAAUUCCAAGCAGGCUCAAAAGAAGCUACAACUAUAAAACCAUUGUGAAAAAAAUCUUGGCUAAACUUAAACGUGCUGGGGGUAAGAAAUUAGAUAAUUUUCGAUCUGAGAAAAAAGUAUUUAAAAAUAAUUUCUUGAAAAAUUGUGAUCUUAUUUCUGGUGAGCAGAGCCCUGAACAAGCCCAGAGAACAUUUAUGGGUUCUCUUGGCAAACAUGGAACAUAUAAGACAGUUGGCAAUAAAAAGAAGAAAACAUUGAGUUUGCCAUUUUCUUGGCAGAAGCACUUCCAGAGCCAAAAUAUGGGUAAAAACUUGAAAGGUAUCCUUACAACAGAAAACAUGUUAACUACAGAUAAUUCAGUGAAUAAUAAAGAUGUAUCUAUCUAUGGUUCAUCAGGUGAGGAAUUUUUUGAUAACUGUGAAGUGCUUCAGUGUGGUUUUUCAGUUCCAAGUGAAAACAUCCAUACUGGACAUAAGAUGUGUCCUUGUGACAAAUGUGAGAAAGUGUUUCCUUCUAUUUCCAAACUACAAAGACACUAUUUAAUUCAUACUGGACAGAGGCCAUUUGGCUGUAAUGUUUGUGGGAAAUCUUUUAGACAGUCAGCUCACUUAAAAAGACACAAAUUAACUCAUAUUGAUAAGAUACCUUAUAGAAGAUCUCUUUGCCAAGAAUUUGAAAAUUUGAACCAACUUCUCAUUCAUCCAGGUGAUAAUGUUAACUAUAAUGCUUCCCAACAAUGUCAGACUCUUGGUUUCCAAAAAUAUGAGGUCUCAGAGUCAGAUCAAAUAUCAGAUAUAAAAGUUAAGGCAGAAUCAGAGGAUUUCAUUCUCAGUACCCCCUAUAGGAACAGGCAGCCUUAUCUCUCUAGUGCACUUCUGCAAUCAGAGCAGAGCCAACACAGUCACUGUUGUGGUUAUUCAGGGCGUGCAGAAAGGAAUGAUGGCCUUCUUUACCAAUGCAGCGUUUGUUCCAAAAGUUUUAGAUCUCCAUCUAAACUGGAAAGACACUAUCUAAUUCAUGCAGGGCAGAAGCCAUUUGAAUGCUCAGUUUGUGGCAAAACAUUCAGACAGGCUCCUCACUGGAAGAGACAUCAACUUACUCACUUUAAGGAAUGACCAACCACAAGAUAAAGUGGUUCUCAAAUUCAGUUAUGUAACUGACAGAACCAGUAACACAUUUGUGGUCUCUCUGGUGAUCUUGUUCUUAAAGCCUAUAUCAUUUAGAUGUAUUUUCAUUAAAAUGCCUUCCUUAGGUUGAGUGAUUUCAUAGGCAGUUGCUUGUCCUGCAAGUAAGAGCCAAGAUACAUAGAAAAUUAAUACAAUGUUUUAGGAACAGCCAAAUUAAUUUUUAGGGGGAAGAACAUGGUUUGAUGCCAUACAGUAAGCAUUUAUUUUAUUUUAAUACUUAUUUUGGCUGUAUUGAAAAUGUAAAUCCAUGAUGCGGUACAAUAACUCAGUUCAUUCAUUAUUUUUUAAAAGAAUUCUUAAUGUCUGCCGUCUCCUUUUAAAUAUACUCAAAAGACAGAGGUAAAAAUUGGGUUUUGGCUGCAGCAAAUAGCCUCACUACAUUUUAUUUAUUUUGUUUCACAUGAAAGCAUAAUUUUGUCCACCUGUGGCUCAAAUUCCAUUGCAAAAUUUUUUCUUGUAAGUUUAAAAACUGUGAAGGCAGUAGAAGCGAAAAUGGAUGAGAAAAUCACAGCAUUAUUUUCAUUGGUCUUUUGCAAGCUAUUUAUUCUUAGGACUCUGGUAGCUUCACCUCCUUUUCCACAGGGUAUUAGAGUUGGUUUUUUGCCCAGCCUGUUGUUAUCUUUCCCAAAAGAUCUGAAAGUAGGAGAGAGCCUAGGAUGCACCUGUAUACAUUUAUCAUGUUUACUUAUCAGAAAUAUUGUCCAAGUGCCAUAAUCUUUUUGAUGAUAUGUAUGCAGUAUUAUCUUUUCAGAGGAAUAAAUGAAAUUCAUCUAUUUACUAAAUGAUUGACAACAGUAGUUGUAUAGACUUAAGACUCACCUAUAGAUCUGCAUCUCCAC